AUGCAAAAUACACUUUAAUAAGGCAAACACUAUGCACAAACUGGAAUAUUUCAUUCUCUAGACAGAAGUAAUGGUUAUAUUAAUGAUUAAAAAACUCAAGAAAAUCCUAAUUUGAUCAAAGUGACCCAUAUCUAUGCAGAUGGGGUUUACUUUGAACAUGAAAGAGGAGCAUCUGGGGAAGAUACUCUCAAGAGCAUAAAUUUAAAAGUUCAAAAUAGACCAGAUAAGGUAUACAUUGAGAAUGGGGGAAACACUAUUGUAGUUGUUCAUCCAACUAUUGAAAUGAUCAUUGGUAAUUGCCCUCCCUCUUGA